AUGCUUCACACGGUGGAAUUGACUAUGUACGAGAACGCUUACGGCGCAGCAGCGGACACUCCGCACGGGAGUGGCCAGCCUCGUUACAAUAGCUGCAGUGCAUGUACGACGUCGCAUGCGCACGGCCGCGGUAACCCGCAGGUACACCCGCGGUCUCGGUCACCCUCUCUGCACUUUGCAGCUCACGAAUCUUUUGCACCUGCUCCUCCUUCUCGCGCUGCUUUUCCUCAGUUGUUUUCUGCAGCUCCGCCACCACCUGUUCCACCUCGACCAUCAAGGCCUUGGCCUCAUCGUAAUUUGGGUUCAACUCCAGGCAUCGGCGCAGCGCCGUGUAUGCCUCGUGCGGGUGUUUUAACUGAUGCUGCGCGUGGGCAAUGCGAAAGAAGGCUCUUGCGUACAUGGGAUUCACCUCCACAGCCUUCAUUCCGUCUUCCAGUGACUCGGCAUAGCGGCCUGCCCGACUAUAGGCCGCACUCCGAUUACAGUACAAUACCGCUAACUCAGCAGACUUGCUACUGCUGCCACCAGUAG